UUAGACAGGAGAGAUACCCCCAAGGAAAUCUAUUGACUCCUGUUACCAGAAUAUUUUGCGAAAUACACGAAUAACCAAAUACCCGAAAAAAUACCCAAGUAAUACCCGAGUCAAACAUCAGAUCCCAGGCUCGCUCCAGGCCCUUUGGAGAAGGUCAAGUCGACGAACUGAUUAUUUUGUAUCUGAGAACUGCAUUUUGACUAAGAACUUUGCUUGCGUUAAAUGACCUUUGUUGCAGCGGCAAGAAUAAAGAGUAUUGAAGUUUAUUCUCGCGCACUGGUCCAUGGUGUUCCCCCUUUAGGUGAAUGGUGCAGUGGUAUCAGGGUGUAAGGGUAGCAGAGAAAGAGAGGAAUCCAUCAAUGUUGCUAUUGUCAUGAAGGUCAUUUUAAUGUAUUCUGAAUAAUUACCAGUAUAGUUUUAUUGUAGCUCACUGAGCUAAUUUGCAGAUUUUGUCCCUAAAACUGCAUAGAGGGUGUAGUAUUACUUUAUUGUUUAGACUGUCUUGUGCUAAAAAAUAUAGACAAGCCACUCUCUUUCGCCCAAGGAUCACAUCAUAGCAUCAGCCUUGGAGUCUAGUCCACACCUUCUUUUCGAAAUUGUUCCUUUAUCGCCUCUGUUUUCUAGCUUUUGCAGAUUAUUCUAAGGAAUGCUUUCCUUUGUAUCACCAGCCUUUGUGGCUGCAAUAGCAGCCCCAUACCCUGGUGCAGCCAUUGGGGGUUACAUUACUAGUAGGAAUAUAAAGAACUGGUAUAUGACAAAACUACGUAAACCCUGGUGGCGUCCUCCAAAUUAUGUGUUUGGCCCAGUAUGGACUGUCCUGUAUAGCAGCAUGGGCUAUGCUUCAUAUCUAGUUUACCGUGAUGGAGGGGGUUGGAAAGGAGCAGCACGUCUACCUCUUUUACUCUAUGGAUCCCAGCUUGCUCUUAAUUGGGCAUGGACACCCUUGUUCUUUGGGAAAAAGUGGUUGGGUUUGGCUUGUAUUGAGCUGGUGGCUCUUGACAUCAACAUUGCUGCAUGUAUCUGGACAUUUGGAGAUAUCAACAUCACAGCAUCUUAUCUCAUGCUUCCUUAUCUUGCCUGGGGCUUAUUUGCCACAGGUUUAAAUUACUGGAUCUAUGAUAAUAACAAGGAUGGAAAGCACCUGCAGGUCAGAAGUCAGAAAAAGGAAGUGUCAUCCUCUUAGAAUGCUAUGUUAGUAUUUACAAGACUUGUGCUAGAGUCGUAGUUUCAGAAAUAAAUGUACCAUGUUAAUAAAUUUUUUUUUGUGUGUAAAUAUUUGGGGACAAAGUAAAUAAUAUGUACAUAUUCUUUUUAUUCCAGUCCUGUUUUUGUUAUAGGAUGUAUAUUUGUUAUAGAAUGUAUACUACUUUGAUAAUUAAUAUUGUGAGAAAUGUCUGAAGGACGGUUUGCAUUCAAAUGAAUCUUCCUUUUUUAAGGAUUCAUAGAAUUUAAUGUAUCUCACUUAUAAAUAUGUUUAUUUAAAUACAAUGAAAAAACUCA